AUGCCAGGCCAAUGGACCCGACGCCUGGGAUCAUGUUCGAGCCAAGCUAGAGCGCUCUCGACGGUCCGGCGCCAGAGCCAUGCGACACCGACACCGCCGCUGAAGGGCGACGAGCUGGGGCCGACACAGCAACACGGGCACCGCACCUUCCGCACCAGACGGGACGGGAGGAAAGAGCUGCCCCUUCCACCGCUGCUCGACCCCGUAGUCCUUGAGGAGCGGUCGCGCCACGAGCAGAAGAAAGAGAAGCCCAGGCCCGCAGACUUUACUCCCUUCCAGCGCAGACUGUGGGAGAAUGCAUUCGCCCACGCACUCGCUUCGCCCGUCCGCGAAUGCCGCGCAACCCAGGCCUUCGUCCCCGAAGCGCUGCUCACCGCCCUGCACAUGCGCCCCCACCCCACCACGGGCGAUCCCUGGCUGCUCCCCGUCUCGCUGACCACGGUCAAGAAGCAGCUCGGCGCCCCGCUGCGCUUUCUGACCCGCCACCUCGUCGCCGCCCAGCUGGGGCGCAGGAAGGGCUGGGAGAAGGCCCUGUACCCGCGCAUCAUCGACAAGUUCCGCCCCGGCGACUUUGCCAAGACCGUCUGGCGCGAGGACAUGCCCGCCCUGCUGCUCGACCUGCUGCGCAACCGCCUCGUCGACCGCCUGAGCUGGCACUUUUCGUUUCGCGGCCGCCUGGUCCCCGUCACGAGUCCGCACGCCAACCACACGGCGCCCGUCGACGACGUCAGCACGGUGCUCGUCUUCGGCAGUCUACGCACGCGCGCCGACGACUGCCAGGCCCGCCUCGAAGCCAUCACCGCCGAGCUGGAGAAGUGGGCGACGUACUUUGGCCAGAACUUCGGCGCCCGCUUCGACCCCCACGCCGCGCCCGACGUCACCCACCACCCCCCGGGCUGGUACGCGCAGCCGCUGGUGCCCCACAUGCAGCCGCGCCUGCAGUUCCCCGAGCUCGACUUCAAGACAGCCAUCUGGCGCCGCCGCAAAGUCGCCGUCUACAGUCUGACGGAUCUGCUGGGGCCCGACAAGGCGAAGGAGCUGAUCGAGGGACCCAAGAGCAAGUACGCAGGCCGGACGUGUGUGGUGAUGAAGCGCGCGAAGCACAACGUGCCAGUGGAGAUUCUGCUCAUGCAGCUACAAGCCUACACAACUCGUCCAGGCGCAUAA